ACAACUUCAGUCUACGAAUAAACCUGGUAUCGAACAGGCCCAAGCCGCUUUAAGUUUACAAACGAAUACAGUUCAAUAUGAGCAAUACGGGAUAUACGCCAGCACAAACCUACCAGCCAGGUGGUGCUCCGCCGGUUAUUAUACAAACAACAACCACAACCAAUUUGGUGUCCGUUGGCAGUGAACCUUCCCGUGUGCAGUGUCCUUCCUGUCACGCACAGAUCGUCACGGAUGUGAAGCGCAAGGCCACAGGACGCACUCACUGUUGGGCUCUGGUGCUCUGCCUGUUCUUGUGUUGGCCUUGUGCGAUUGCGCCCUACUGCAUGGCCUCCUGCCAGAAUACCGAGCACACUUGUCCCAAUUGUGGCGCUUACAUUGGCACCUACGAAAGUUAAUUUAAUUAUAUUUACACAAGAACAAAAAGACCUGACAAUAAAACAUAUAACUAUGCU